UGUUACAGUCAUUUUCACGUAAGGGAAGGAGGUAUUGAAAUUUUUGUAUUCUGGAGAUCCAUCUAGCUUCUGUUGCUUUGAGUCUGUCUUUGGAUUGCAUAAAAGAACACACAUUUCUCUCUGUAAAUAGGUGCAGUGUGAUGUAGCUAUCUGCAGCAAAAACACUGGGUGGGGAAGGCUCUCUCAUCCUAAUGUUGGAUUUGAUACUGUGUCCGUCAUGUGCUUUCUGUUCCUCAUCUGAUGCUGGUCUUCUUGGAUACUUUUGGUGUACAGAGAAGGGAUAAUUCUCUAAUUCCAGUGUCAUCUUCUGGUCCAGCUUUUCAUGUACAGUCCUCUUAUAAAACUCCCAAGUUUGGCUUGAGCAACAAGUUUGAUACAGAAUUUCCUUCUGUUCUGACAGGGAAGGUUGCCCCAGAAGAAUUCAAGACCAGCAUCAGUCGUGUGAAUGCCUGUUUAAGAAAGAAUCUCCCGGUCAAUGUAAAAUGGCUGCUUUGUGGCUGUCUGUGCUGCUGCUGCACUCUAGGCUGUAGCCUGUGGCCUGUAGUCUGUCUUAACAAAAGAACUAGAAGAUCAAUUCAGAAGUUAUUAGAAUGGGAAAAUAACAGACUGUAUCAUAAGCUUGGUUUGCACUGGAAGCUGAGUAAAAGGAAAUGCGAAACUAGCAAUAUGAUGGAAUAUGUAAUAUUAAUAGAGUUCUUACCAAAAUAUCCCAUAUUUCGACCUGACUGAGGAACAGCAUUUGGUCUUUCAUGUUACCUGACAUUUUCUACCCUUAGUGCCUUGUAGAUGAUUUUGGAAAGAAGAUGGUCUACUUUGCUGUGACUUAAAAAUGCUCUUCAGUAGAAUAUCUUCCUUGCUAUAUUACUUUCUUUUGUUAAGAAGAGAACAAUUUGCACAUUUUUUUUAUGUUAAAUGAGGCUUCUAUGUUGCACUCUGAAUUUUUAACAUUAACAAUAACUAAUAUAGUUGCCACUAGGGAUCUAACAUCAGUGCUGCUUAAACUUGUUCUGAGCAUGCUGCCUUAUUAAUUUCUAUAUUUGCUGUCCUCAAACAUGCAUUCUAAUGCUGUGUCAUACUAUAUUUCAUUCUAAAUGUUGCAGUCCUAUUAACCCUCAGUAGAAAUGUCCAGGUAAGCGUCUUGUAGUAAUGAUUUUAGUAUAACUUGCUUGCAUAGGACUUGGAAUCAACAGCACUGGUUUUGUCCUGCACUUUGCAAAAUCAUCAUUUACAUUAGGGGGUUAAUUAUUUUACCCACUAUGGAUUUGUAAAUAUUGACUCUUUGCUAAUGUAAAGUGUGGUAUGCCAAGGUUUACAGAAUGUAAUAUAGCUCUUAUUCUAUUGCCAACAGUCCGACAUUGUUUUAUUCAUUACAUUUGCUAGUAUCUCUCUGAUUGUAUAGACCCAUUCACAUCCUGUUUUUAUGGUAAAGCCAUAAUGAGUUUGUACAUACUAUCAGAUGUGUAGGGCUCAGUUGCACUUUGUUUAGUAAAUGGAUGAAAAAUGCA